AUGAAAAAGUUAGGUCUUUCUAAAGAUGAUUCUUUCGUGUACAUGUAUCCUAAGGUUGAGGAUUAUAACAUUGAUGAAAAAGCAAAUUCAUGUCCGAUUGCUUGUUCCUUUGCCCCAACAUUCCCUAGCAACAAAUACGAUGAUAGAGAGGAAUACAUUAAGAAAGGAAGAGUAUUGACAUUUAUAGAGUCCAAAAACAAGGAUGAUAUUCGUUUGUCAUCUUUGAUGAUAGAAUUUCUAGCCAGUAACCUUAGAAUGAAAAUCAACCAAUUUGCCAAUGUUUGCCUGGACCAACAAUACGAAAAAACAACAAACGAUUUCGCAACCAAGAUUUACAAAAUAUUUACAAUGAAAAUUACAAUGAAAAAGAAAUGA